GGUAUUCACUACCAUAGCUGGUUACUUUUAAAUUUUAUUUUAAGAUAUAUAGUAAAAUGAACUUUUUUAUUUGUUUUUGUUUAUUAUUAAGUUGUUGUGAUCUUGUUUAUCCAUACGUAUUUCCGUCAGUUAAGAAAUGCCGCUACACGGAUUCCAAUUGUUUGAAAAGCUCUUUUCAAAAUGCUCUGCCGAGUUUCGCUGACGGUAUACCAGAAUUGGGUAUAGCCAAGAUGGAUGAACUGGUCAUUAACGAUAAAACCUAUAAAUUAGGUGGAUUAGAUUUUACCAUAAAAGAUGGCAGAUUAAAGGGACUUAAAUCCACUAUUUUUGAUUAUGUGAGUAUGGAUAUGGAUAAAAAAGUUCUGAGAACCGAUUAUCAUGUCCAAAAAUGUUCGAUGAGUGGUAAAUAUUUGGGCGUCGGUAAUAUAAAAGUACUGCCCUUAAAGGGGGGCGGAGAAAUGUUUUUGAAGUUCCGAAAUGUUGCCAUAUCUCAAAACGUUACAUUCGAUAUGGAAAAAAGGGAAAAUGGGAAAGUCUACAUGAUUCCCAAGAAAUAUGAAUUCGACUUCGAUGUGAAAGAUCAUGCGCAUUUCAAUUUAACCAAUUUAUUUAAUGGAAACGAAGAAUUAGGUGAAACAGUUCUAACAUUCCUGAAUAACAACUGGAAAGACGUAUCAUCGGAGUUUGGAAGGCCAAUGAUGGAGCAGCAAGCGUCGCAAAUAUUCUCACAUGUCGUCAAAUAUCUGUCAAAUUCACCAGUGGACGAAAUAUUUGCUCAAUAGAUGAUUUUAACUUGUUUAUAAAUAAAUUUGUGAACUUGCGUACGCCGUAUGGCGAUUAUUUAAAAUGUAUACCGAAAUAUUUAGGUAGUCCCGCAUGUGGUGUACCCAAUGAACUUAUAGUUAAAAACUGUCUUACCGUCUUA